CAUGGUGGUCCAGAACAACACCCUCCGCCUCCAAGAAAUUCAGCAAAGAAUAACACAGGACAAUCAACUGUUCCACAAUAUCCACCAAUGCAGUCGCUCCACAAUUGACCGUGUUCUAAGAAGAAAUGCUAUCCGAAUGAAGCAAGUAUACAAAGUGCCCUUUGAGAGGAACUCCGUUAGAGUGAAGGAGUUGCGAUUCCAGUUUGUUCAAAGAAUCUUGGAGUUGGAUAGCAGUGCAACUCAUUAUGAGUACCUGUAUAUUGAUGAAGCAGGCUUCAAUCUUCAAAAAAAAAGGAGAAGAGGGAGAAAUGUGAUUGGCCAUCGUGCUACAGUCAAUGUCCCUGGACAACGAGGAGGCAACAUCACUCUCUGUGCAACAAUUUCUACAACUGGUGUUGUGGCACACAAUGCUGUCUCGGGACCAUACAACACAGCAAGGCUCCUAUAUUUUUUAAACCUCCUCAAUGAAAUCCUCUUUCCGCAGGGUGAUCAAGAGCAAAUGGUGCGGAAUUUUGUAGUUGUUUGGGACAAUGUCCAAUUCCACCAUUCAGCACUAGUGCGAGAGUGGUUUGAGAAUCACCCACAAUUCAGGAUGGUGUUUCUCCCACCAUAUUCUCCUUUCCUGAAUACAAUUGAGGAAUUCUUCUCCUCUUGGAGAUGGAAAGUAAAUGAUCGCAUCCCUUACAACCAAGUAAGUCUUCUUCAAGUGAUGGAAGAGGCCUGUGGAGAUACUGGGGCACAAGCAUGUCAAGGAUGGAUACAGCAUUCAAGGCGUUUUUUUCCCACGAUGCAUGACUUGUGAAAAUAUUUUCUGUGAUGUUGAUUAAAUUCUCUGGCCAGAUGUAA